AUGAGCCCGCAACGGGACUCGAACCCUGGGCACCAGCCUUGUCGUUGGGCCACACACGACCUCAGCGACCCCAACCUCAGAAAAGGCAGCAUGCUCGAGUCAUUCAGAUCCAUAUGGGCGCUAAGGAACAGGAGACGCAACGCCACCUCGCGAUUCACCAACUGUCCCAGAAUACCAGCCCCACCAGCCGUCACGUUGUACCCAACAAAACCCCCUUUGGCUGCUGUGGAGCAAUAG